AUGGUGCCUGGAUUAACCAUGUGCGGCUCCGUCGUCGAACUUCACGGUACUGAAUCUAGCUUCUCCACCCUGGGUUGCGUGAUCAAGAUAGACUUGGAGUUCUAUGCCAUCACAUCAAUGCACGCAUUCAGACUAUUAGAGCCGAUGAAGAAACUUCAUAGCGGAGAGAUAUCCCAUCACCGAUCAGCCGACCGUUCGGGCGCUUGUACUUCCGCGGACGAGGUUGCGGAGCUUCCUGUCUACGAUGAGGAGCCUCUCUAUGGCUCUGAUACCGAUUCUUCCGAUGCAAUGAUGGAAGAUGGCGACUACUUCAUCGACGAUGUCGAGUACGAGAGCCUCGCAGAAGAUGAGGAGGAGGAGAUAGAUCCCGUCGACAGCCGCUCAACCGUUGCGAACGACUCCUAUGGCAAUCAAACACAGACCAGUGGCCAAAUGAGGGAUGUCAAAGAGAUGCUCGCUUUGUUCCCUACGCCGCAUGAGCUCGACGAAUCUGGUGAACUGGACCUGGAUUGGGCUCUUAUCAAAUUGGUGGACCAACAAGACUGGCGCCCCAAUGCCUUCGUUUAUCCCAGCAUCUCAUCGAGUCCCGUGUUUCUAUCGAAAGUGGAUGAAUCCCAACCGACUCAGGAGACGCCAGUUUUCAUAAUCACGAGUGAAACAACACCUCAGAGAGGGAUGCUCCAACCCGGGACUUCGCUGUUAGGCGGUAUCAAUGGGAGAACGCCAUCGACAAUGUGGACUGUGGUUCUGUCCGAGCAAAACAGCUUAAAACGAGGCGACUCUGGCUCAAUUGUUGUCGAUGCCACAACCAACACCAUUUACGGCCAUGUUGUUGGUUCGAACCCCAUUGGAGAAAUUUACAUCAGCCCCUAUGCUGCUGUCCUUGAACAGAUUCAACAUCGGUUUCCUGGAUCGACAGUCGCGAUCCCCGAGCCGAUAAGUACAUUGGCAUGUCUCGUAGAUUUCUACACCAUGUUGGUUCGGGACGAAAGAAGCUUGGAGUCUCUGCGACGCCUCGAAGAGGCGUAUAGAAAGGCUGCCGCCGGGCUUGAUGAAGUCGAACGGAUCUCUCCUCGCAUCUUCCAACCCCACUCCUCUGAUGCCGCCGCUGGUGUCUCAGGUGAUGAAGAAUCUCCCUCAAUGCUCUAUGGGAUAAAGGCCUACGACGAAGUCUGCAGCCAACUGGCACAAACGACCAGGGAACUCCAAGACAAGAAGCAAGAUAUAACCGGCUUGCAGGUUGACAUUGGAGAGCUCAAGAAGGAAAAGGACACGGCGUUUCGGAUGUUCCAGGACGUAUUCAAGACCUGGGAUGCAGAUAAGAACCUACACGCGAGUGCACCACCAGCCGGCGCAUCGACAGUCGCGUUGCCAACUACUGAACAUUCCAACCGCGCAAUUCCCUAUUCGACCUCAUACAUCACGGCUGCCCCAGCUACCACCGCGACCACGUCCACCACUAUACCUGCGAUUGCCACUGCCUUGGGUUCCAUGGCUACGCCGGGUUUCCUACCCCCACAUGCCCUGCGAUCCGUCAUGCCCGCCUCAACUCACUAUCCCUCAAGCAUGCUGUUCGGUCGCGAAGCCUCAAAGCCCGUCGGCACCCCCUGCUCCCACUCUUCCUCACUCAUGGUUCGCGUCCUCAUUCGCCGCCUACCCUUGAACACCUCGGAGGAGUCUCUGCGGCUCAUGGUUGUCUGGUCCAAGGAGCUCGCCGACGUGGAACUUCUACCCGUUGAGCAGUCUGAAGACGCGGGUUUCCGAUCCGCGCUCUUGAGAUUCCAUACUAUGACUGGCGCGCACGAGGCCAUAAACAUGCUAGAUGGCCGCUCAAAUAUUUCAAACGAUGCCGAGAUGAUAGUUGAGAUCCUCGACAGCAGUCCCAUUUCGGCGCGCCGUUAUCCCACAGAUACCGGUUCGGCCAACCCUUCCAGCUCCGCAUCCUCAACUGCUUCUUCAGGCCCUCUCUCGCGACAAACCUCGCGGUUUAAUUCCGCCUUCCAAUCGCUCGAGAGCACCUCCCCACCAGUAAAUGGAGUGUAUCCUGGACACGAGCUGCCUAACCCAGACAUGAGCCUUCACUAUCAGAAUCUAUUCUCCCCGCGGCCACCAAUAGGCAACUAUCUGAUGUCCGGAAAGCCGCUCAUCGCCCACGAUUCCAUCGACGACGACGAGACUAGCGAUCUCUUGAAAGACCCCGUUGCUUACGCCGAGCAUCUGUCUACCAGCCAGAGACGAGCAACCGCGCCCCAGAUUCCCAUCAGCAGGAUGGCUGGUCUCACUCUCAACACCAACAAACCACCAACGUCGAGCCCUGGCGUCGCUUCCCCGACGAGUAGCCAGCACUACCAACGACAAACCAUUCCGCCUGUCAACCCCGCCGACCAGAACCCGCCCUGCAAUACACUCUACGUUGGCAAUCUCCCCAUCGAUACUUCGGAAGAGGAGCUCAAGGCCAUGUUUUCCAAACAGCGCGGCUACAAGCGUCUCUGUUUCCGUACCAAGCAGAACGGGCCAAUCUGUUUCGUCGAAUUCGAGGAUGUGUCAUUUGCGACCAAGGCGCUACAUGAGCUCUAUGGGCAGCCCCUGCACAAUAGCGUCAAAGGUGGCAUUCGACUAAGCUUCUCCAAGAAUCCUCUUGGUGUCAGAUCAGGGCAGGCUCUUGGUCAGAACAAUGCUGCCGCCAUUGCAGGCAUGAACGGUCUCGGGUCUGGCCGUGGAAUUUAUCAUGGCACAUCCAAGGCAUUGAAUGCUGGGCAUGGCCAUCCAUACGCCGUUGCCAACUUCCCAGGCGCUGCUAACAACGGCUGUGGCGGGCCUGUGUAUGGCGGCCAAAUGGCGGCACCUCCGAACAGCGUCCUCAAUAACGCACCGGGAUGA